ACCCGCGACCUUACACGAGGAAAUACAUAUUCUUUUACAUUUGCGUCACAAUUUUAUUUUCCCCUGAUUCACCGUGCUCGUACGCGUUUAUUGAAGAACAGACGACAACAAGACAAACGUAGGGCAUUUGUCACGCAGAUAAACUAUUUGGGUGAGCAUACCUGUACGUUGUUUAUACGUAUCCAUAUUAGUUCAGUAAAGGAAUGAACACAAACGAUGGCAGGUGAAUAACAGUUUUCUCAGACACUAUAUUUACAAUAAUGAAUGUAUAGAUACUAAAUGAGUCAGGGAUAAGCCACAGAAAAUGGUCUACCCUACUCUGCUGACCAUCUUCUUCCUAUCAGCAUGGUUGGAAUCGCUCUGCUGGGGGAGCUGCCCUUCAAAUUGUCUCUGCAACAAAGACGCUAUAUCAUGCAAAUACCUGGAGAAAAAUUACACAACUCGAUUGGUGAAUGUGACAAAAGAAACUGCUCUGAAUACCCUCCACCUUACAGUUCGCGCUCAAAUGCUCACCGCCUCGUACCAAAGAUUCUUGGUGAUAGUGCGCCAGACAGAUAUUUUGACCACGGGACGGAGCUACAUAGAACUUGAACACUUCUCUAAUCUAGAAACAUUAACAAUCAUCACAAGCCGUCGGUUCUUCAUUGAAGUAAUCGGACAUGGUGCAUUUUCUCAUCUCAGAAAACUUAAUCGUUUAGUUAUACGGGAAGAAAGGCCAGAAAAUCAUUAUGGCUAUUUUGAUCCCACUCGUAUAAUUGAGUAUCCGGUGUUUGGGCAUUUUCCUCAAUUAGAAUAUUUUAAUAUUCAUUUGCCAGCGUUUGAGUACGGGACCCAGACGUUAAAAUAUCAACCUUUUCAUCGGUGGCCAUGGGGAGUAAACGCAUCUUUUCCUCGUUUACGAACGUUGGAUAUAUCAAUGAAUAUUACAGUGUCAAAUCCAUGUGACGCUUUCUUUAAGCCCUUUUUGAACGCCACUUACUUGGAUCUUCAUCAAACUUUCAUAUCUAACACCCAUAACUACAGCCUGGGAUGCUUCGAGCAUCUUGAAUCGCUUAUCAUGGGAAAGUCUUUGGAUGUCAUUCGUGUUCUGAAUAGCAUCCCUGGUAACACUCUGAGGUCUUUACACCUCAACUCAGUGGAGUUAGCAGACACUAAAGAUUGCGCUCUGCACCACAGACUUAAAACUUUGGCGGCUUUUAAUGUGCUGCCGAACGCAGACAUGUUACUGGAAUGUAUGCAGAGUCAAGUUGAACUAGAAACCCUAAUACUGAAAAACAGUAAUAUUCGAAAAUUAAGAAGGAAAGAUUUUAAAAAUUUUACAAACUUAAAGGUUUUAUUUUUAGCUUAUAACUCUAUAUCCAGUGGUUUCGACAGAGAAAACAGAAGUGAAGACGUCGCACUCACAAACAAAACGGUGCCAAAUCUUAAUUUCUUGGAUCUGAGUUACAAUGAAAUAACGUCUAUUUCGGAGUUAAUUACAACCGAUCUAAUUCGACUGGAGAUUAUGAACGUCAGUCACAACUACUUGCAAGCUCUGGAUUUGAAUGAAAUUGUUGGAUACAGAUCCUUGCGAGAAUUAUUUCUCAGUUUCAACUCAAUUCGAUCCGUUAUCAUGAAGGAACCGGCACUGUCUAAUGUGCCCAGUCUUUGGAGACUGGAUUUGGGACAUAAUCUUCUCGAAGACAUCCCACGUCUGUUAAAUGUAACGUUUCCGAAUUUACAACGACUUAAUGUUGAGGAUAACAAAAUAUCCACUGUGUCCAGUGAACUUGUUGCUUGGAAAAACCUUCGCUAUCUAAAUGUCAAAAAUAAUCUGCUAACCCGUUUGGAUCCGGGGUUCUUUGACCACUUGGACUUUAUAAACUUAGCUGAAAAUGAAAUCAAAGAUGUUUCCUUCUUGUCCUAUCUCUCAGGUGCAGAGAACCUACGCCUGUCACUGAGAGAUAAUCACAUACAGUGCGACUGUGAAACCAUAGCCACUUUACACGCUCUGCGACAGUUCGGGUUUUUGCAGGAUCUAACUUUGACGUGUGAUGGAAAUUCUGCACUCAGAAACGUCAACAUUUUACAUUAUGAAACUGUUAUUCGAAAAGUAUCCUGUGAGCACCAUAGGGACUGUUUUAGGAACUGUGAAUAA